UUUAAGGAAAGGAUUGUUUGGAUUUCCAAAAGUCCACUUUGCCUGAAUGAAAACACAGUGGAUGGCUCCUGAUAUUGAUGCACUAUGGAGAUGUUUGCCAGUCAGUGCUUUGUUUGGGUACUUUUGAAAGGAACCUUUUGUCUGUUGGUUCUCGGACUACGCCAGACACACAGCAACUUUAUUUUCAGCAAGAGAGCACCACCUCAUCUCCGCAGAGCCCAUGAGGCUUCUUCACAGCAGAACAACUCGGUGCUUCGGUCCAGUGUGACUCAGCACACCAAGUCACCCCUUAACCCCUUCGUCCCUCUUUCAAAGCAGGGAAUUUGGGAAAUACUUGGAGGAAACUCACAUCCGCACUCCAACCCAUCAUUAAAGAUAAAGCUUCAGCCCAUCAUGAAAGUUCAUGGAACGUCUAAAUGGUCGGGGACAUUCAUUUGGGGAGACUUUUAUUCAAAUAUCAAGACAGUCAAACUGAAUUUGCUGAUAAUGGGGAAGAUUGUGGAUCAUGGCAAUGGCUCUCUCGGUGUCUACUUCCGCCACAACUCCACAGGUGUUGGCAACGUGUCCGUCAGCCUCGUCCCACCAAUGAAAGAGGUGGAGUUCGACUUGGAGCGCCAAAGCGUGGUCCACCCCAAAGACUCGAAGACGUUCAACUGCAGAGUGGACUCUGAGAAAACUGAACGCAACAAAAAGGUGAUGCUGUGCAACUACGACCCUUCAAAGACGUGUGAUCAAGAGCACACCCAGAGCCAAGUCAUCUGGAUGUGUUCCAAACCUUUCCAGGUCAUCUGCAUCUACGUGUCCUUCUACAGCACAGACUACAGGCUGGUUCAGAAGGUCUGCCCAGACUACAGCUUGCAGAGUCCAGCAUACCUGCCUGCAGGUUAAAGGACACUGGAAGGUGAUGUGUUAGCAAACCCACAUAGAGAAAGACACA